AUGUCUAUGAACGGCAAAGAAACUUCAUUCACAUCAUCGGACGCCAGUAAUGAGAAAAUCACUGCUGCAAAAAUGCCCUAUAAGAGCUACAGACCUAGGUCUGUGUCUACAUGUUCAACAGAUUCAUGUAGUUCUGCAAGUUUAUCUGAAGAUGAUACUCCAGUUAGGUCUAAAAAACAACAAAAUAGUUCUGGAUUCAGUGAUUUUUGCAUUAAAGAUAUUAGGCUCAAAGACUUUGGAAGGCGUGAAAUUGAAUUUGCUGAACAAGAAAUGCCUGGUUUAAUGUCACUAAGGAAACAAGUGAUGGAAGAUAAGCCAUUACGGGGAGCCAAAAUUAUUGGAUGUACACCUAUCACUGCACCAACUGCUGUAUUAAUUGAAACAUUGGGUUCUCUAGGCGCUGAAUUGAGAUGGAGUGCUUGCAAUAUUUAUUCAACUCAGAAUGAAGUUGGUGCUGCUUUAGCGGAAGCAGGAUUUCCAAUAUUUGCAUGGCGAGGUGAAUCUGUUGAUGAUUUUUGGUGGUGUAUUGAAAAAUGUUUUGAAGGCAAGAAUUGGAAACCUAACAUGAUUUUAGAUGAUGGAGGAGAUGCAACUAAUUUUUGUCAAGCAAAAUAUCCUAGUAUUUUUAAAAAUUUAAUUGGAAUAGUUGAAGAGAGCACAACUGGUAUUCAUCGAUUAUACAAAUUGUUGAAAGCGGAAAAACUUUUAAUGCCAGCUAUUAAUAUCAAUAAUUGUGUGACAAAAACUAAAUUUGAUAACCGUUAUAGUUGUAGGGAAUCUGUGAUUGUAAGCUUAAAAAAAUGUACUGAUUUGAUGUUUGGUGCAAAACAAAUUGUAUUAUGUGGUUAUGGAGAAGUGGGAAAAGGAUGUUGUCAAUCUUUAAAGGGACUUGGUUGUAUAGUAUAUGUCACAGAAAUUGAUCCAAUAUGUGCUUUGCAAGCAUGCAUGGAUGGAUUUAAAGUUGUUAAGCUUAGUGAAGUAAUUCGGCAAGUGGAUAUUGUUAUCACAGCUACUGGUAAUAAAAAUGUAGUUAUUCGAGAACACAUGGAUAAAAUGAAGUCUGGUUGUAUUGUGUGUUGUAUGAGUUAUUGCCAUAAUGAAAUUGAUGUGGCUGCAUUACGCACACCAGAGCUAAAAUGGGAAAAGGUACGUUCACAAGUAGAUCACAUCCGCUGGCCUGAUGGAAAAACCAUGAUUUUACUUGCUGGUGGUCAUCAUGUAAAUUAUACGUGUUCUAGCAUUCCUUCAUUUGUCACUUCUAUAACCGGUACAACCCAGAUACUUGCGUUAAUGGAACUAUUUAAUGCUCCAAUUGGUCGUUACAAGAGUGAUGUAUAUUUAUUACCAAAAAAAAUGGAUGAGUAUGUGGCAAGUCUUCACCUAGCUACAUUUGACGCUCAUCUUACUGAACUUAGUGAGGAACAAGCCAAGUAUAUGGGAUUACCAAAAAAUGGUCCGUUUAAACCAAAUCACUAUAGAUAUUAA